AUGUUAGGUGGACUUUUCGUAACCCAUUUAGAAAAUUCGGAAGGACAAUACAUCGAUUUUGACUUGAAAGGACUCGGUCUUGCUCAAGCCAUGAUAUUCGCCAUUGAGAAAAUCAACAACGAGUCAAUUAUUUUGCCAAACUUAACUCUUGGCUAUGAUAUACAGGAUUACUGUGGAAAUGUCUCAAAGGCGAUGCGAAUUACCAACGACCUUUUUCGAGAAUCCUCUGCGUGCAAUGAAACUGAUGAGAAAAGUAAACCAGUGGUAGCCCUUAUUGGUCCAAAAGAAUCCAGCACAGCUCUGGCCAUAGCAAGUCUGCUUCAAGUCUUUGGAGUAUCGGCAAUAAGCGGAACUACAACAAGCCCUGAACUGAGUUCACAGACAUACAAUCAUUUUUACAGAACAAUGCCUUCCGACACUUUUCGAGUCAAAGCCAUAGCUGAUAUCAUUCAGAAUUUUAACUGGACUUAUGUAGCGGCCGUAGGACUGGACGAUUGCUAUGGGCGAAAUGGAGUGUGGUAUCUCGUAGAGGAAGCUUCAAGGAGAAAUUACGCAUUUUGUGUUGUUAUAACCGAAUUCAUUAGUCGUAAAAGACAGUUUCAAAGCAUUAGAGAGAUUGUUGCAAGACUAAAACGACACAAAAAUAUCAGAGUUAUAGUUCUAUGGAUAUACGGCAGUUAUGAAAAAACACUUCGAGAUGAAAUCAACAUUCAAAAUCUCACUGGAAAGGUCUGGCUCCUCAGUGAGGGAUAAGGAACCGAAUUAAGCUACUUUCUUGACCCCGGCUAUUUAGUCCUUGAUGGAUUUCUGAUGCGGGUUUUCGAGAAUAUGCAAAAUAUUUAAAUCUAGACACUACGAAAAACGGUUCUCAGGAGUGGUGGAGCGGGUAUUGGACUCUGCGUGAAAGAACUUGUUCUUUUGAUGAAGUAAGUAAUGUAAAUGUGGACCAUGAAAAUGUGCUAUGUUCCCUCGAUCUCGGGGAUUUGAUUAACAGUUCAGUCUUAUGUACUUUAUAUCAUUGAUGCUGUAUACGCUGUGUCGAAUGCUAUUCAAAUCUUUAUUCGAGAAACUUACUGUCAGCAGCACACUUGCAACGUGAAAAGAAGAGACGU